AGGAAUCAAUAUUGAUAGAACAAAGCUGUUGUAACAUUGUUGCAACCCCUUUGCCUACUCUGCGCCUCUCGCAUAUCGCCUCAGAGCCACCAUAUUUUUUUAAGUCCAGCAGUACGCAGGUGAAAUAAGAACUAAAAAGAUGUCGUCCCUUUCAUUGACCUCUCAUCUCCUGCAGCGCUACGCCACGAAGGCAAGCAUCACUAUCUGCUCCCUGAUUUCUUUCGUCGUGAGCACGCAGCUUCUCUACGACCCGGAGGCGUAUGCGCGCGGACACUCCGCUUUGGCUCCCUCGAAGAAAUUUCACGUCCUGAUGGGCCGGUUCGUCUGCGCCUACGAAGCGUGCGCGUUGUCCCUGGCCGUGCUUGCGUUUUCGUCUUUGUGGGACAAAAAUCCGGAAAAUCGCGUGUUCUGGUGCCGGAUGCUGAACAUCCCGGUGUACGCGAUUCUGGUGAACCUGCUGCGUUUCAAUUAUGACGACCAGCCGGACCAUCCCAUGUUUCCGAAGCAGUACAACGCGCCGAUAGCGUUUUAUGGAAGCGAAGCGUCAGGUCAUUGAAAUCAAGACAGUUGAAAUUUUUGGUUGCUAUGCGUCCAUAGGUGGAUCUUUCUUCUAUGUUUUAAAACUUGGACGAUUGGCAGUACUUCAAUCGCCCUCACUUGCCUUCUCCUCUGCCUCUGCAAGGCGGGCAGCACUUUGAUGUUGGUUGCAUCCUAUGCGCUAGGAAUCGUUAUCAUUUAAACUGUGCCGAGUUCAUGGGUCUAGCUUGGCGCUUUCAUACGUUUGCGUUUAUGGCAGCGGUCUUAUUCCCAGGAUCGGUGUUGUUACGGGAGUGCACAACUCGGCGUCACCCGUCCAAAUACUUGGAAUGCAAAAUUAAUUUUUAAUCAAAUCCACACUGUGCCUCACUUCGACAACUCGGUUGCACUUUGACUUUUUGCAUGACCACAUUGUCGUGUUGCAGCCACCCAAAAACUUAGAAAUCUAUCCAAACCUUGCGCUGCAAAGAAACUUGUCAUGCCAAACCUGGGUUGUAGAAGUUCUCGUUCCCGACGCUUGCAUUGCUGUUUUUGAUGUCCUACAACGAGAUUAGGAGGGGGAGGGCGAGGUGUGCACUGUCAUAGAUGUUUCCGGAAACGAGCACGGCCACCAAGUCGAAGGCGAAGAAGAAAUGAGGCCAAUUCAUCGUACUACAGAAAUGCAGAGAGCGUUUUUUACGCUGCAGCCAGGGCGGAGGGCCAGCAGAGCAGUUUUAUUGAUUACCUAGGACGACGAGGAAAGAUCAAACGUAUUAAAGCAAAAGCAUUUCGUUUUAUUGGUUCUACUAAGACUAAGUGGGACAAGAAAUCCACAAGGAUGCCGUACCUCAAUCGAGAACUAUAUAAUGUCAAUGUCUGAACUACAAUUUGACUGUAUUAACUGUAACUGAAGAGUUCAGCAAACAAUUGAGCAGUUGACUGCAGCUUUUGCUUUCCAGCGUUCUUAUGUUACUUAUUCAAAUUAUGCUAAUUCUAAAACUAUUAGUGAAAGUGAAAAAAAAAAACAGACGGGAAAGUAAUUCUCAGUCGCUCAAUUCUCAGUCGUAGAAGUGACGGGACGAACCCCCCAACAAGCUUUCUUCGUGGGUUUGCAAAACUUGCAAACUGAUACAACGUGGUCUUACGUACUAAAGUUUUACCUCUUUAUGUUUUAUAGCUGUUUUACUCGCUCGUGAUUAGAAAACGAUAAUUUGAAGUUGUAGUUACGCCGUGCCUUGGUUGCGGUAGAGGUUUCUUUGUCGUACGUGGUACGUCGUUUUCGACGCCUCAUUUUUUUACGUCUGAUCACAGUGUUGUAUUCUUAGCUCUAAUUCUUUUUUUUUCUUUGAAAAGAACUUUUUUUUUUCUUGUCACUGAGACUGGACCUCUCCGGCAGGAAGACGAGCAUGCUCAUCCGGUACACAUUGAAUGUCAUGUUUGUAGUUGUUUACUAUUAGCAUUACCAUUACGGAUUUGGACGAGAGGAAAAGCUAGAGCAUCUAGAGAAAAGGCCGCAACAUGAUGUGCAGAGGUUCAUCGGUGUGGUUCUUGUUCCAAGUCUAAUGUAUGAUUUUUACACAUUGCUACAAAUAUCAUGAUGAUGAUCAGAAAUGCUUCCGCUUUUCAUAAGUCAUCGUCUAGAUUUCACUUUCGAAAGCGUUUUGCAUCCGCCAGAGGGCACCAUCAGGAUGCGCGAAGUGGUGCGCUUUCAGCUUGCAGCUGACGACGUGCCGCAUCGAAAAACCGUGUGGUAUAAUGAAUCGACGUGAAGACCGCGCUAGCAGCGAGAAGUCUGUGUCUUGUUGCUGCCAUAGGAAAGAAGUAAGUACCACCAGGACUAGCGAUUCAUUGGCGGAGCGGCGC